ACCUUUUUGGAUCGUUGGCUUCCCAACUGGCACGACCACGACCGGCAUUUUGGAAAACCGCGUGUUUCCGAUGAUUGACCACUUGUCAGCUCGGGAUUUCAGUGAAUUUUAUGACUCAGCAAUGUUAUCUACCCUUGUCAUGCCGCUGUAGAGAUUUAUUUUUGACUUCAGAUCGCCGAGUUGAGUGAUGUCAAGCAAGCGGCCGACUUUUGACGUCUUCGUGGGAAACCUUCCCCAUGACACUGCGGAAAAGACACUUAGUCCGCUGUUCACGGAGGUGGGAGAAGUCUCCUCCAUCCGGAUUAUAAACAGCAGAAAGCCCGACGGGUCUAAAAUCGCCUACGUGAAAUAUUUCUUCGAACCGGAUGCUGAAGCGGCUGUAGCACAACGAAACGGGUACCUGUUCGGAAAUUCUGUCUUAGUGGUGAAGCGGUGCAGCGGCCCUUCGAAGAGUCGGAAGACUCCGGAGCCGGGGAUGGCGGAGCCCAAAGAACCAGAAACCAAACGGAAAGUGCUGUCGGCUCUGCUUGCCCAGAACAAGAAACCCAGUAACCCCGGACCGAUUUUCUUCCCUCCCGCUGGCCUUGGGGUCCCAGACGAGCAAAUGGUGGUGUGUGAGGUGAGGGACGUGACGUCCUUCUUCGCCCAACGGAUGGUGGACGUCGACCGUGCCAUCCAGCUGGGCAAUCGGCUGGCCGAGUUCUGUCCCCAGGCCAAGCCCCUCGAGGACAGCCCGGAGUUCCGCAAGGUGUAUGCUGCCAGGUUCUCCAAAGACCAGCUGUGGUACCGGUGCCGGAUUCUCCAGAAGGUCGACGCAUCCAGGAGCCUGGCACAGUAUGUGGAUUACGGCAACUGCGAGCAUGUGACCGACUCCACACUGGUGUUGCUGACCGGAGAUCUUGCCGAGAUGCCUCCAUUGGCGAUGCAUUGCCGCCUGGACGGACUGGUCGGGGUGCGCAGGGACGAGGAACCUCAGCUCUAUGCCCAGGCGAUGAGUCACGUGCAGAACAUUCUGCGGGACCAGCUGGUGCUGGUGCAGCGCAAGAAGGCCACUACCUUGUCCACGCAUUUCUUGACACGCUGUUUCGUGCCCGGCACUGGCAUCGACCUGGCACAAGAGCUGCUUAUCAAAGGUUAUGCCAAGUGCCAUGUGGCCAUGAACCAGGCGUUUGGCCAGUGGGACGGUGCCCCGAGCAGGGGCAUGGCCCCGAAACCCUCCGGAGGGGCUCCCUCAGCAGGACCGUGGGUGGGGAACCCCUGGAAUGCACCCAGCAGGCCCCACGACACCCGCUUCCCGGUCGACAGCAGAUACAGAGGUCAGGGCGACCCAAGGAUGGCACUGUGGUACCCGGACAAGGACCCAAGGGCCCACGAACCAAGGGGACAGGACCUGGUGGGACAGGAUCCGAGGGGACAGGACCCAAGAGUCCCAGACUUGACGAUGCAGGAUCCAAGGUUUUAUGAGCCAAGGGGUCAAGUCCCAGGAGUCCCUGACCCAAGGAGCAAAGACCCGAGGGGCUCUGUCCCAUGGGAGGUUAAGAGACCGUCCUUUCCUGACCAGUCUUCCCUGGUGCGGAAACUGAAUGUAGAGAAAGAAAGCCUUAAAGCACAGUUGCUCAGGAUGGAGUCGAGAGUUCGGGCCCUGGAGUUGCAGGUGGCAGAGCAAGGGCCCAAACGUGUUAACCUAGACUUCCUAUCCAGGCUGUCCCAGGUCCUGGAAUCCGUGGAGGAGUCGAGGCUGCAGAGGGAGCGGUUCUCCACUGGGGGCUCCGAGGACGUUCUGGAGCGAGCUCUGGGUGCCCUGGGCAGCUGCCCACCUGGACUGGGCCCUUCCACCCAAGUAGAAGCGGCCCUUUGUCGCUACCAGCAUAGCCAGGACGCCAUCAGGGCAUGUUCCGACACGGCCCUGCUGGAACCCCUGAAGCUGGAACGGGAUGCAGGGAGGUCGGAGCUGAUGCAGGAGCUGCAAGUGGGGCUCCAGGCCCUUGAUGCCGACGAACUGCAAGGCCAUGUGCAGGAAAUCUCGGCAAGGCUCGAGGAGCUCAAGCGUGUCUACGGGGAUUUCCUGGGGACAUCGUUACCAAGCCCCUCCGAGGACUCCCCAGAGGUCUUGGGCCAGCAGCUUGCACAGCACAAGGCGGAGAGAGCGGACGACUUCCGGAAGAAACGAGAAGAUGCGGACAGCGCCCGGGGCCACUUCGUGGAUGCCCUCCAGAUGCUACAACAGGCUGUGCAGUCUGGGACGUCCAUCCCCGGUGCCGACGGUCGCCGCUUCUCCCUGGGAUACCUGGAGGCCUGCCUGAGCAACCUGCACCACAGCAUCCAGGCCGAGCUGGCAGCGUGCAACCUGGCGCUCUCUGCGGACAAAAGCCCGCUGGCCCGGCUGGUGUGGCGGGUGCACAACUUGCUGACGAUGUACCUAGAGCGGGCCUCCUCAAGAUCCGUUGUGCAGUGCCAGCACACAGCCUUGCUGGAAGAGCUGCGGCCCCUGGACUGGGACGCAUCUCAGUGCAUGGCCCAGGCCGCAAUGGAGGCCAAGCGUUUGCUGCGAAAGCUCAAGUCUCGGCUCAGGCACCGUCUUGCAGAUUUGGAGGACCUUGAGUCCGGAGACGAGGAAGAGCGGCAAAGAGUCACGGAGGAGAUUGCAAAGCUGCGCCAGGAAGUGCAGGUGGCACUAUCUCAAGAGGAGUACCUGCUGGACAGGCUGGCCCUUGAGCAGUGCAAGCAUUUCCCGGAACUGGAUUUGCUCUUUCCAGACCUGCAGCUAAGUCUUCAUCAGAAGUACGCUGGCCUGUUGAAGUCCAACUGGGAGCUGUCUUCGUUCGAGCUUGAGGGCAGCACCCUCCAGACCCGCUUCUUAGCCGAGAAGAUGCUGCUGAGGGAGUGUGCCAUUGAUAGUCCUGAGAGCAAAGAGCUACUGCUGUCCAGGACUGCCAGCUAUGCCAGGGUCUCCUGCAAGCAUCUUCUUCGCAUCCGAGCAGCCUUUUUGUCCAAGAAUGAGCGCCAUGUCUACCUCUUGGUUCCACGGCCGGCACCGAGCCUUUCCGAACGGCGGUGCGCUCCUCGCCACGCACAGAAGGCUCUGGAGCACGUGUUGCGUGCCCUGCACGAGCUCCACAAGGCGACGGGCGGCCCCAUUGCUCACGGUGCCGUCCACCCAGAGAUGGUGCUGUUUGACGACCAAUCGGAGGAGGCAGUCCUGGACCUACCACUGUGGACCCUUCGCUCGGGUCGAAGCCUCCUGCCAAGCCUGGAUGGCAUCGACUUUGUGGCCCCCGAGCAGCGGGGAGGGCCGUUCUGCCGGCCCAGCCCCGAGGGGGACAUGUAUUCCCUGGGUUGUCUAGCCCUCUGGAUGCUGUUCCCAGGAACCUUGUUCAAGCAGACACCCGCUGGCAUCCCCGACAUCUCCGUGCUGGAAUCUUCACAGACGGCCCAGCCACAGCUGUCGACCAUCCGUCGCCUGCUGAAGGCUGAACCGCAAGAGCGUCUCACUGCCAAGGAAGCUCUGACCAGCACUUUCUUCCUAGACGCCCCCCAUAAGGCUGACCCUCCUCAGGAACCCCCUGCCACCCCAGCCGUAGAAACGAACCAGGCAGUUACAAGCCCGCAGGACACUCCCCAAGAUACGUCUACAGAAAGUCGGGUCCUGCUACGUGCCAUCGAGGUAUGUGCAAUGGCAGUACGCGAGGACGCGUCGGUGCCGGCUCUACAAGACGACGCUCGUGAGGGUCUGGUGAACAGCUUUCCCCAGGACUUGCCCACAGAGUUUCAAGACACGUUAGAAGCCAGAAACGAAGCCAUUUCUCCGGUUACAGACGAAGAGAUGUCUCAAGAGCCUCCACAGGUUGAGCAUCAAGACCUACUCCCCGAAGACACCGCUGCACCGGAUGCAUCUGAAGGGGAGACUGAGGACACCCCCGAGGAUGCGCCGCUAUCCACUCCACGCCUGACAGUUGCCCAGGUUUUGAGCAUUGCCGUGUCGACCAAAAGUAAGCACGACCCGGAAGAGUGCAGUGAUGUGCUGAGCCAAACGGGAGACAGCGUGUCCGAUUUGGCCGAGAAUGGGGACUACUUCCAACCGGCGGAGCAAAUGUUGGAAGUGUGCAAGCGCAAUGCUGCCGGAGACCAAGUGGAUGGUACAAGCUCUCCACUUUUAGCCACAGGGGAAGACCAGGCGACUAUAAAUGACUGUUAUGGAAACUAGAACUGGGCCACAGUCGUGCCCCCCGCAAUACUGCAUUUAUGCCUGCACAACGGCGUUUUCUACAUGUUCUGCUUCAGAAAUAUUUUUGUUUAUUGCGUGGUUUGUACCACCAGCCUUGUACGCUGUUGAUCACUUGCAUGCACCUGCUCCAACCUCCACGCCAUUUUGCUUUCCUUUGUUGUUGGUUUUUUUUUUUUGGUCGGCUUUCAUUGCAUAUGUUUUGAGCAUUAGACAUCUACAAUAUAGUUACGAUUGCGUAGCAGGACUGUCAAGUCAAUAGCUGCUCUAUAGUUAUCGAAUAGUAAACUGGCACAGUAGAAUAGCUCUUGGCAAGUGCUUCCAAGAGCAUCUGCUAUGACUAGCUGAUUAAAAGUAUGUCAUCACUCCCAAAUAAAUGCAGAAUACUAGACCCCUGGUAGAUCUGUGGAUAUUACUAUAUGGUGGAUAGAACAGGAGACUGAAACUUGGAGAACUGCAGAUGAUAAAUUUUCCGUAAUCAUUUUUGAACGUCCUUGUGCUGCCCCAAUUGAGGGAAUUUGGCUGAAAUUUAAAUGUACAAAUGUACCUUCAACACAGCUAUAGAUAACUUUGCUCGGAGCUCUACUGAAUCACACUUGAAAGAACCGCUCCAUUAUGUUUUUGUUUACCAAGGUUGUAAACUUCUCAUCCAUAUUUAGGUACUUUUUUUUUUAACAUGUUAAAUGAAAUAUGACCUUUGAUAGGAGCUCAAAUGUUUCUCUGUCGAAUUUUAUCUCCAUGCAAGUGUAGCGUACAUUGUUUGCACUGCCCAUCGACAUAGGAAAAAGCUUUUAUUUGCAACAUUGUCUAGUUGGACUGUUGCCUUCACUCCUGCAGCAGCAAGUAGGAAAUCCCGGCGCCGAGAGCAGCGAUUGCCGCACUUGCGAUGGGAACUGUAAGGAAUGUAUGAUUGUCGACCUCCCCGAUGUGUGGAGGAUUGGCAGGCCCACUUACUGAGCAUGUUGCGUCCACGCGAAAGUUGUUCAGUGGCUUCUGUGAGGAUCUCUGCUGCCUCGACACCAUCGAUUACCUGCUGGUUGCUUUCUGCAAAGGACAAUUGCAACGAGAAUCUUCAGGCUUGACCCAGCCUGGUAAAUACACGGCCCAAGCCCGACAAGAGCAAUUGUGCCUGGUUUGAGCGAGCCAGGCAUGAGUGCUCUUGUUUGCAACUCCAUGCCAAAGAAAUC